CGUAUCACACUAUCCGCAGUCCGGAACGCCGCAAUCACCACAUACUGUACUUGUUCCACUUCCACCUGGUGCAGCUCCACCAAAUGCACAGCCGCACAUGUACGUCCAAACACCGCAGUUCCCGUUCAUUACGUCUGGACAGCCAGGCUUUGUGAUGGCGUAUGGUCCGCAACCAGUUGUUGUUCAUCCAUCUGUCGCAGCAUCAGCGGCGCAUGUUCCGUUUUCACAAGCACAUCAAACACAUGCACAAUCGAGUAUGUUCGAACAAUACCAAGGAGCAGCUAUUGAAACGGCUGCUUUGCAACAACCGCAGGUACCGAGUACUUUGCCUCAUCAGCCCUAUGUUGCCGGUGAUCAAUUUUAUGGUCAUUACAUGCACCCACAACAGCAGCAUGGAGUAUUCCAGCAACAACAGCAGCAGCAACAACAACAGCAACAGCCUCCGCCACUUCAACAACAACAAGCAGGUAGUGCGGGAGCAAUACGUCACAGUUCAGUAAACAGUGGGGUUUCCGGCCCACCACAUCAGCACCAACCUUUUCAAACUGGUGGUGCUUCUCAAAACAGUGCGGUUCCACCAAAUGAAUUUUUUUUACGAGAAAUGGCGGAAGAGAUUGUUCUUGUCGAGCGCAUCUGCGUUUAA